GACAAGUAAAAGUUAAAUCUUUGUGUUCUGACAAUAGGGCGGAAGUGUACAUUUAAUUCUAAAAUAUAUAUAGCCUAUGAAAAUGAAAGUAAAACCAAGAGUAGGAUAACUUAAACAGACAUUUGCUACACAUCCAGUUUUCUUAGCACAAUGGACGAUAUGAUGAAUGAUAUCCUGCGUCUUUGCUGUGAACUCUCAGCAGACAAACAGAUAAAAGCAGCAUUUAAAAAUAGUGUCAAAGGAGCAGCAGCAGCUGGUGGUGGUGCCUUUGUAGGAGGACUACUUGGUGGCCCAGUCGGUAUAGCUCUUGGUGGUGCCGUGGGAGGGGCCCUAGGAGCUUGGAUGACAAGUGGCCAAUUCAGACCUCUUCCUGAGAUUCUCAUGGAGCUGAGUCCUAUACAGCAGGAGAAACUCUGCUCUGAUGUGAAGACAGCAUUGGGCACGCUGAAAUGGACUGACGUUGCUCAUCUACUUACCCAAGUUAGGCAGAAUGGGCUUGUGCAGCAGAAAGUGCUUGGCGCUAUAAUGUCUUAUGCCAAAAAUGAGCUCAAAGCUGAAGUGCAGUAUGUAGAUUGACCACUAGAGGGAGAAACGCCAUCAGUCUAAAAGUAGUGGUUUUACGUGUUAGGACAAUGCUUGUGGGCUUUAUGAUUUAGCUACUUCUGUUGCUGUCAUUUCAGUUUAAUCACCUAUGGUUACCUAGAUAAUAUGUUGGUUAUAAAUAAACAUAUUCUUAUGUUAGAAAGUUAUUUCACAGUUAUUUGGAGAUAACUACACAGUGAAAUGUGAUUAACCGUAGCUUAAGAAUAAGCACUGUAUUUAGAAUAACCAUGUGUUUACCAUCAACCAGUUUACACUGUCUUAUAAAAUAUGAUUUUCUUACAGUUUAGGGGUUUUUGUAAGCAACAUGUAGGCAGUAGACAUUGCCCUACUGUAUGUAAACUUAAUGUCUUUAUAUAAUAUUUAAAUAAAUGCAUACUUUUCUUAUUUGCA